AUGACGAUCACCACACCAUUUCAUUGUUUGGUCAAGCGUCUUGGCCAGAUGGCCUCGAAAGAAGCCUCGGAUCCAUCUCCACAAGCCCACUUCGAGCUAUUGCGAAUGAUCGACCAGCUCAGGUCUGCAGUAGAAACGCCGACAGAAACUGUGCUGCGUUUGAUUUACCAGCCUCCUCAAAAUGCCGCGUUGCGCGUUGUCAUUGAUUUGGGUAUUUUUGCCAUGCUUGUGGAGAAGCGACAUAGAGAGAUGGGACUGUCAGCCACCCAGCUGGCAGACUAUACGGGCGCCGAGAAAGAUCUAAUUGUGCGAUUGAUGCGUGUUAUGGCUUCUCUUGGGCUGUGCGUCACACCAACCCCCGAGGUCUAUGUUGCCAACGAGAAGACGGUGGCACUGACUCAGCCGAUUGGGAGAGAUGGGAUCCCAUGCAUUUAUGAUCUUACAUUUCCGACGUUGAGCAAGUUACCGGAGUACCUGCGCUUCCACGGUUAUGCCAAUCCCCAGGAUUAUACUCAGUCGCCUAUGCAAUGGGCCGUUGGACAGAGUCAGUUUGAGUGGCUUUCGAGUAAUGCGGAGCAGCAGGAGCUCUUCAACUCGUACAUGGCUAGCCGUCGUGAGGGUAGACCCAUGUGGUAUGAUAUAUACCCUGUGGAGCGAUUAUUUGGCGAUGCUGUGCCAUACAAAGAUACAGUCUUCCUGGUGGAUAUCGGCGGCAACCAGGGGCAUGAUCUAGGUAAAUUCCGCCGGGAAUAUGGUCAUCUUCCGGGCAGAAUGGUGCUGCAGGAUUUGCCAAGGGUGGUUGAAAGAGUUGAUGGAGAGAGUGCGGGAGUCGAGGUCAUGGGAUACAAUUUCAUGGAUCCUCAACCCGUCAAGGGUGCCCGUGCCUACUACUUUCGUUCCAUUUUCCAUGACUGGGACGACCAAAUCAGUCGAAAGAUCCUUCGAAAUACGGUCUCAGCGAUGGCGCCGGACUAUUCUCGAAUUCUCAUUGUGGAUUUCGUUCUGCCAGACACCAACACACCCCUGAUGCAAGCUUCCCUGGAUAUUCAGAUGAUGAGUAUAGGGGCGGGUGUCGAACGGUCUGAACGUCAGUGGAGAGAUCUAUUGCAUAGUGCCGGGUUGGAGAUCACGGGGAUUUGGAAUCAGAGCCCGGCGAUGGAGUCGGUGAUUGAAGCAGUUCCGAUGUUGAAAUAG